CGAGAGAUGUAUGGAAUGGCAAUUGUGAGCACUUGGAGUACAAGUGGAUGCCGUUGUUUAUAGUCAUAGUCCUCCUGCUUUGGUAGUGGUGCUGAUGGUGUGUAUGUAUUUUGGUGUUUGAACCAAUUGAAGCUUAUGGUUUGAUCCAAUCGCUAAAAUGGCUGAGUAUUAGCCACAAUACCAGGUUGUGUAAGUUCCCAUCGCUGGCGCUAUCGAUAUAACGAUUGUCUGCUUCUUUGACGAACCCUUUAAACCGAUCGUUAAAUUUCAUCGACAGACUGGUAGAGGAGUGCUUUAGGAGUGUCUGUUGUUGUAGCGGUCGAUGCAUUUUGAUUGCCAUUGAAACGGAUCGAAGCGCGCAAAUCAUGGAAAACAUGGGCUCAGAGUUGGCCGACCAGCAAAUGGGCGGUGGCAGCAGUCAUACCAGUGCUGAUGACAACCACAGUGAUGAAAGCGGUGUCCCAACAGUUGAUAACAUCGAAACAGUCGAGUCAGUCGAUAGUGUUGGCAGUUGUGUUGAACCUCCAGAGUUAUUGCCGGCCCAUGAAAUCGCUGAUGAAAUAGCCGCCAAUAGAGCUGUUACCGACUCACCUGAUGGUGACGUUGUCGAUGAUAUAGACGAAGAAGUUGAUAAUUGUGAAGAACCAGACGUUGAAGCCGACGUAUCGGACGUGGUAACAGUUCCCGUAUCAAGCGGUAUGAUUGAUGCCAGUGACUUUCGGGGGGUGCUCUCCGAGCCCACCUAUCAGACACUUAACGGGCGAAUGACGCCUCCGGGCUUCACUACAUCCAGUUCUUACGCCACAUUAACGCCACUACAACCGUUACCGCCGAUCUCAACCAUGUCCGACAAGUUCACCCACCAUUAUGGCCAUCCCGGCAACGGGGGCUUCACUUUAAUGCAUAUGCAAAACACUAGUCUUGGUAUGAAUGCUAAUCAAUACCAAUACGACAAAUUAGGUACAGCUAUGGCAGCUGCAGGUAUGAACAUGUCAAACAUGUCACCAACUCUUGGUGUUACCACAGGCCAUCACCAUCACCAUCAUGUGUCGGCCGCUCAGAUCAUUAACACAAACGGCGGGAUUCAUUCACACCACUCAACGACAAUACCCUCUCCGCCCUAUCACUCAAACGGAUUACAUUCCCCGGACAAGAGUCUGUCGCCGACCAAUGGUUACGACUAUACAUUAAGACAAGGCUCACCUCAAAGUCCGUCAUCUGUUAAUUUACAUUCGCCGACAUCAUUAAUGCCAGCCCUCAAUGGACUACCAACGAGUCCACCUUCAAGUCACAUACCAUCUCCACCGCCGCCCACCUCAGCACACGUGUCAUCGAUGAGUUCAGUUCCCAUAACAGUAAGUGGUGUCCUUACUUCGGUCACUGCACCUCAGCAACUGAUUCAUUCUCAUGGCACCCAACACGUUAAGGUGGCCACCACUCUGACCGCUGCACCGCAACCAAUCACAGUCUUACAGGCAGUCACUCCAACCCCCGCUGCUAUUGCACCGACCGCUCAAACGGUCACUAUAGUACAGGCGGCCACUGCAGGCAUUAGUAACUUAGCCACAACUAUAGUAUCAACACCUGUCGCUGUUGUUACCACUGCUAAUGCUCUCAAUCAUCAGCAGCACCAACUCAAUCAAAUCAAACAACAACAACAACAGCAACAGCAGCAGCAGCAACAACAACAACAACAACAACAGCAACAACAACAACAUAUUGUCAGCAUUGGCGCCAAUAACACUAAGCAGACCACUAUCAGCAACAAUACUGCUGUGACGCAAACCUCUUCGUCGGCUUCAAACAAUGGCGCCGACGAUAUCGAGGAGAUCAACACCAAAGAUCUCGCACAACGGAUUAGUGCAGAACUGAAACGUUAUUCCAUACCACAGGCUAUCUUCGCACAGAGAGUCCUGUGCCGAUCACAGGGAACACUGUCCGAUCUGCUCCGGAACCCUAAGCCAUGGAGCAAACUCAAGAGCGGACGCGAGACAUUCAGACGGAUGCAGAAAUGGUUGGAAGAACCGGAGUUCCAGAGGAUGUCUGCUCUCAGGCUCGCAGAAAAAGAGAUGAGGGCUACUACUGCCAGUGCCACUACCAAUGCUACUACCGGUGCAGCAAAUGGUACUGAGAGACCACUACAGACAUUCAAUAAUCAUACCUAUGAUGGCAUCAAAGAGUCAGCAGCAUUGGUGAGGGAGAAGCGCACGCAAUACAGGGGACAGCAAUCAUACUAUCAUUACCAAUACGAGCCAUACCGUUGCUCUAAUUAUUACGCACCGGGAGCUCCUCAUAUGGAGCAGUCAUUUAUCGGCAAUUAUAGCACAGGUAGUGAUUGGAUACCCGCGACUCAGACAACAAUAGAUAAUGCCUGCAAGCGGAAAGAGGAACAGAUAGUUGUGGCCAAAUCGCCGACGGCGCCGAAGAAGCCUCGACUUGUCUUUACGGAUCUACAGCGCCGUACCCUUCAGGCCAUCUUCAAGGAGACGAAACGGCCGUCGAAAGAGAUGCAAAUCACUAUUUCACAGCAAUUGGGUCUCGAGUUGAGUACAGUCGGCAACUUCUUCAUGAAUGCCCGCAGACGUAGUCAAGACAAGUGGUUGGACGACGUACUCGACGGGUCUAUGUCUCCGGCGUCCACAACAUCUUCAUCUCACAAGGAUCUCAUUUGAAUAACACAAUUGUGAUCCAAUUUUUGAUGAAUAAAUCACUAAUCAUUAUAAUAAAUCACAAUUUCAUUCAUUAGUAGUCAAAUAUACUCAACAAUUAAAGC